CAACACAGUAUGCCGGCUGCUGCGGCCUUGCGGGUAGAGCCUCCAAAGGGCCUAGCGAGGACUCAAUGCAGCGUGGAAUCAUGGAGGCCGAGGGUACUGACAAGGCAACCAGCUGGCUAAAGAAGACCUUCAAGAGUGCAAAUAAUGGGGAGCUACAGGGCACACAGUCGUCAAAACUAGGAACCUGGUACACUGGCGCGCGGGCGUCCUUCAAGUCCUUCCGGAGCGAGUUCGAUAUCCGCAGCCACGCAGAGACGGUGGUGCAGGCGCUCUCCACGCGCCGCGUUUACCUGCUGCGCUACGUCCGGGCCGCCGUGUUCGUGCUCAACGUCCGCACCCUGUUCAUGUGCGCCUUGGCGUGUGCCAUCGUGUACCUGUGCGAGUCUGACCACCUGGAUCUCAGAUUCCGGCUGGACUUCAGCAUCAUCAGCGUGGGAACAAUCUUCCCGCUGGUGUUCGCUAUCCAGCAGGCCUUCACGCGGCGCGACGAGGCGCUGAAAGAAAUGGCGUUCCUCAAGGCGCAGCUGAUGGGCAUCUACUUCUGCAACCGCGACUGGGACAUAUCAGAUGGGCUGCUGGUCAGGUCCAACCUGGGCAAUGACGCUGCAGAGCACGCCGUGCGCUGUCAACAGCUCAUCAUCAAGUUCCUCACCACACUCAAGCAGUGGCUGGUGUCUCGCACGGUGUAUGAGAGCGAGAGCGAGCGGCGCUCCCUGGAGGCACGCGGCUGGCUGCCGGCGUUCGUGCACGGAUCGGGCCACGACCUACAACUCGAUGCCAAGCGCAGCGCCUCCUUCACCCAGCGCGUGACGGACUCUGAGAGGGCCGACACCCAGAAGCAGAUGUACUACCAGUGCUACCACUACCUGUCGCAACUCAAUGUGCUCAACGAGACACUCACCGCAAAGGCCAACUACCCCAAGGCCGGCGAGGGCGGCAUGAGCCGUCUGGCUCAGUACAUCGCCAAGAGCACGGAGGCGCUGGAGAAGCUGCGGUACCUGCGCGAGUACCGCACGCCCUUCAUGCUGCGCCACGUGUCCUUCAUUCUUAUCCUGGUCUCCAUCUUCCUCAUGUCGCCCUACUUUGCAUUCAUGUGCUUCGACAGCAAGUGGGAGCAGGACCGCACUGGUUCCUGCCCGGCCGGCUACGUAAUGGCGGUCCUGUAUGUGGUUGUGGUAUGCACGUUGUACGGGGUACAGGUGGCGCUGGAGAACCCCUUUGACGGAGAGGGCAUGGACGACGUGUACUUCGACCUGCCGCGGGAGUUUGAGGAGACCAUGCAGCGCUACGGCCGCGCCGGCAACUUCCACAAGGCCAGUGCCGGCACCAUCGUGGGAAACAGUGUGUACGUGGUGGGCGCCAGCGGCAUACCGCCCACCGGCUACUCCAACUACCCAGGGGGGCUGGCCGGCACUGGCAGCGGUGGGGGAGUUGGGCAGCAGCAGCAGCAGCCCUACGGCAUACAGCUCAGUGUGCAGCAGCCGUCCUCACGCGUCGGCGGCGCUGCGGGGGCGGUGGCUUCUGCGGGUGGUGACUGCUCGCACGUCAUCACAGUCAGGUAUAGUGGCGGCACCGGCAGCGGAGGCGGCGCCAUGCACGCUGCGGCGGGUUAUCAGGCGCUAGCCCUACCGCCUACUCAGCAGGCGCUGCCGCUGCGGGGAUCUGCGGAUCCGCCGCGGCCACAGCACACCGCGGCACACAUGGUCGAGCCCGGCAAAGCCGCCAUCAGCACACCGCCUAUGGGGCUCGCCGCCGCAUCCGCCGCCACCGCUCUCGGCGGCAUCAGAACCAACGCCGGCGCUGCCCCGCGUGCCGUGAACACGGUCGUGAACACGAAGGGCCAUAUGACUACCAGCAGCAGCAAGCUCGGCAGUAGCUGCACCGACACAAGCAGCCUGAGCGGCACUGGCGGCGGGGGUGACGCGGGCACGCCCUCACCCGACGUGGCAGCCUUGCCGACCGCGCCAAAGGCGAAUCCGCCCUUCAGCAGCACGCAGCAGCAGCAGCAGCAGCAGCGUUCUCCUCCGCAGAUGCCGCUGCCCACAAUCAGCAUCAAACCAAAUGGCAACCCGGGUCCGGGUUUUUUCGCGGCCGCGGCACCGGCUGCCCGCACUGCAGCACCAACUGCGCUGCCUGCGGCGCUGAUGCCUGCCGCCUCUGACGCGGCGGGCGUGACCGCACUGCCGGUGGAUGCAACUGCCCCCAAUUGCGACAGCCCUGCCCGCGAUCCGUCGCCCUUCUCAGAGCCUAGCUUCCAGACCACUCUAUUGACGGCUGCCAAGCUGCCCGGCGUUAUGUCGUAUGAGCAGCUUCAGCUGCAACAGCAGCAGCGACAGCACUGGCAGCAGCAACAGCAGCAGCGGCUCAUGCAAGAUGGCACGGGCUUCCAACGCAAGACCGCCCCGCCUGAGCACCAUCAGCCUGAUGCCACGGCCGGCCCCACUCGGAUGGCUCGUCAGAGCGGCGGAGGCAGCCGCGGCGGCGCCGCUGCCGGCGGACCUUUCCAGCGCCCCAGCCUGGGUGUGGCUGCAGCCAGUGCCAUCGCGGACUCCAGUGCCCAGAGCACCCCACGCGGGCCCUUCCAGCGGCCCAGCUUGGGUGUACCGGUGGGCGCCGCCGCAGUCGGCCUCAUGGAUUCACACCCGCUGCUGGUCGCGGGCGGCUCGGGUCCGGGCACCGCCAUGCGCCACUUGCAGGGCGGCUCUCCCGCUACCUCCUCGGCUUUGGGGAGCGGCGCAGGCCGUGGCAGCGGCGGCCAGUACCGCAUGCAGCAGCGCAGCGCGCGUGCAAUCGGCAUCGGGAGCAAUGCUGGCCGUCCGCAGUUGCUUGCGGGUGGCAGCCCCGCCUCCACGGUGCCCGGCACGCCGCUGAUGCCCGGCAGCCACGGCACCAGCCUGACGGGCAUGCACGGCGGCGUCGGUGUCAGCAGCCGCACCAGCCUGGGCGGCGCCGUGCUGCUGGCCAUGGACCAGGAGAGCGGCGCGGUGGGGACGGUGCUGGUGCCGGACAUGCCGCGGGGGGAUGCCGACUCGCCCACAGCGCAGGACGCAAUCGAGGCUGACCUGGCCCGGGGGAUGUUCGGGCACCUGCACGUGGCCUCCGUCCCCCUGGGACUCAGCAGCAGCAGCCACCAGCCCUCUGCCUCCCUUCUACUCGGAGGCGUGUGCACGCCGACUGGGCAGCAGUCGCCGCCCCUUUAUUAGAUUGUGAUGACCUUUGAGAGCAGCGGGCAGGCUGCGGCACCGGUACGCGGGCCUCGGGAGGGCACCGACCAGCGUUGGACUGGGGAGCAGCCGAGCACGAGGGGCGGGGGCAGGGACCACCGGUAGGCUUGCACCUCUGCUGUCGGCGCCUCUGCUGGCGGAUGGCAGAUUACUGGUUGCGGGGUGUCGGGUGCCGGGUGGACAUGCGCCGGGGCCAGGGCGGGUUGUGGCUGUUUCCAUUUAUUAAGGGUUUGGGAUGUAAGUCGCCUUGGUUAUUCGAGGGAUUAAGACUGAGGUUACGUAGUACGGAGGUGCCGGUCAUCAUUGUGUGCACUACCGUACUGACGACAUGCUCGGGAUUGGGAAGCGCUGAAGCACUGGUGGGUGGCACAAGCGAUGGCUUCGGUACAGCAGGACCGUAAGCGUGGGUCGGUGGGUGGCACUCUGAGCUUGGCGGCCUGCGUGCAGGCCCCAGUGCGGUGGUAUGAUCGUGCCGCCAGCAUCUUGCAUUAUACAGCCAGACCCAGUUGCAAGGGGAGCACUCGGCCUUGCCUGGAUGGGGAACUAAGGCAACUGCGGUGAUGUGGCUCCAAGAACUGCUUGCGAAGGCGGCCAGCCACCAGCACGAUGUGCGUGGGUAACGUGAAUGCAUUCUUUUAAGAUAUGUAUGUGGUUGGAGAAGUGGUUGGAUGUGGUGUCACAGCCAGGUGGUCCGCGCCGCCGCUAUCGUAUGCGUGUACGUAUGAGUGUACGAGUGAAUGCAUGCCCUCUCAUCAAUGCGAAUGUACCGUAUAGCUAACUCGUGCGCCUCGUUUAUUGUAGAUGGAUUGUCGUGAACUUGCUAUAUUUAUGCUGGAGGGGAUGCCGGGACGGAUGUGCGGGGCGGGGACAUAUUACGGACCGUGUUAUUUAUAUGGCCAAGUAACACCUGUGAUUUGGCGGGCGGUGAUGGCAGCCUGCAGCCGAAGUGCCGUGGUGCGCGCGGAUGAGCCAUAUGCGGUACUUCGCCCUCCGCAAGGAGGCAGGUAUGGAUGUGCGCGGGGGUAGGUCGUAAGUGUGGCCGUGCUCAAAGGGGGGUCAGGCCACUGCAAUGACUCAUGACUCAUGAGC